AUGUCUUGGCUGAUGGGAUCCCCUGAUAAGUUUCUGCCAUCUGAGUGGAAACAUGCAAACCAGGUGCAUUUCAGGAGCUCAGAGGCAGAACGAUCACUCUCACAGAGACUGACAGCGGAGUGUCAAAGACUGGUAGAGGAGAGUGACAAAUCUACCAAACACAUGCAACAGGAUGCACAAAAGAAGCUGGAGCAGAGAAUCCAGGACAUCAAAUUCUGGAGGCAGGAACUGGACCAGAAGUUUGAGGAGAUGGUGCAGGAGAUUGAGACUCUCCUCAUUUUUAAGAGCCGUGUGGAAAGAGCCUUAGAAAGCUGCUCUGAGCCUUUCCAAGUGACUUUGCAAUGUCUGACUGUGAGACAGAAGCGGGUGGCGAUUGAUCUUGUGCAUGAUGAGGUGGAAGAGGAGCUGUUGAAGGAGAAGGAGGUGAUUGAAGGAGUGAUGGUCCUGCUUCAGCGAACACUGGAGCAGAUCAAUGAGCAGAUCAGGCUCAUUCGUUCAGUGAAAUAUUAUCUGGAAAAAGACCUGCAGGACAAAUUUCAGGCUGAGCGCAUUGAUGAUUUCUGUGCCCUUCUCACUAAUGCGUCGCCUGGUUUAAACAGAGGGAAUUCAGAUUUUAGCAGUGUUGGAACUGCAGUGACUCCUGAGGAGUGGGAGAGCCUCUGCAUCUUAAACAUUAGCAAAGCCGAGAAGGAGAAGAACAACUCUCUUUCUCUGAGAGCUCUUGUGGACAGCCUGCUCGAGCAGACGACUGCAGACAUGCGCAGACAGUACGAGGCCACGGGAAGGGCUUUUGAGCUCCGCAUAGAGGAGACCAAAACUGCCAAAACACAGCUUGAGAACCAGCUCAAUGAGCUGCUAGCAGAGACAGCAAAUCAGGAGAAAAAUCUGGAGUCUCUACGUGUGGCAGUCGCAGAGAAAGAAGCUCCACUCAAAGUGGCUCAGACUCGACUGUCCUCUCGCAGCCAAAGGCCCAACGUUGAGCUCUGCCAUGACCCGGCUCAAAUCCGACUGCUGGAAGAGGUCAAGGAGCUCGCAAACCACAUUGAGAGGCUGACCAAGGCACUUAAACUGUCAGAGAUGGAACUGAAAGCUCUAGCAAGACGCCAGUUGAGCCUAGAGGAGGAGAUCCAGGUCAAGACCAACUCCCUUUACAUAGACGAGGUGAUCUGCCAUCAGCUACGUCAACCUGUGGUUAUUCACAACUUCUGAACAGGGCUCAUGUAUGGCGGAAAGGCCUAGUAUAUUUUAUUGUGUUUUGGAAAAAGAGUUUCCUUUGAAUAAUUUUAUGUUUUUUUUG